CUUAAUCUAUAUUCUUAUUAUAUCGAUGUCCAAAUUGACGAUUGACAGUACGACUGCGAAUACUGCGAUUCUUUGCUAAAAGAAUUAAUUUUCUGUGUUUUCAAGUGGUGUAAAAUUUUCUAAUGAGGAAAUUAGAUUGUCAAGAGCAAUGGGGAGCCGAAAGAUUAGAAGCUCAAUUAGAAAUUGCUCGCGAUGGGCUUCGUGGUCUCGAUCGCAGCAUUCGUAAAAUCUUGGGCCGAGAUCUUCCUGACGGCGAAAGUGGUCCAUUACAGUCUAGAAUACCUCAGAAACGACUAUUGCAAGAAGAUCGUCGAAGAGUUAUAACAGAAUUUGCGAAUAAUGAAUUAUCUGGAGGCAAACGACGCUGGCAAGUUUCCAAUGUGGAACCAAAAACAGUUUUCAGUCGAUUAAGUGCACGUGUUCCAUCUACUGCAGAUGACAGUGCUGAUGAAGACGACAGCAUUACUAAGGUAAUUUAUUUAUACAUGAGAUGUGAUAAUAAAGUUUUGAAAACUAUUUUGGUUCCAUCAAAGUGACAACACUAUAAACCAUUUUAUUGCAAUAUCAUCUGUGACUUUUCUAUCUACAUGUAAAGGGUAAAUAUUAAUCGUUUCAAUUAUUGUACAAGUUGAUUUAUGUAGUGACGUGUUUAUGUUCUAUUGCGAGAAAAAUGGAACGCCAUUUAUAACAAAGUUGUGAUAAAAUUUUUGCUGAAAAAACAAAUAGUCUGAUUAACUUAUAAAUAGUAUACUUAAUAAUUCGCCACUUUUUACCAAAAAUUUUAUCAAUUUUACUUUAAAUUGUGUUCUAUUUUUUUUGUAGCUUAAAACAGAAACAUGUCUUUACAAAAAUACAACUUAUACAUAUACUGACUAAAGCAAUUAACAAUGUUUAUGUUCACGUACAGGUAAAGGAAAGUUUAGACUACACAGCAGUGAGAAAUUAUGGCAGUGAGGUUGAUUACAGUGUUGUCACUUUAGCAAAGAUUAUUUUUGUAUUCAGUUUAAUGUGCUUUACUUAUCCAUGAAUGGUGAUCCUUGAAUUAUGAAAUAUCCUGUGUAUGUAUGUGUACGUGUGUACGUAUGUAAUAUAUACAUAUAUGUCCCUAAAUAUUUUUCUCCUACACUUACAAAAAAAAGUACAGACAAAAGUCGUAUAAUUUGAAGGGAGAUAAAUAAUAGUAAAAUCAAUUUUCCACAUUAAGAUUAUCAUUUUAAAAUAGUUUUGAGAUUUCUCUUUUACAUAAUAUGAUUCUUCUAGUUAUUUUGUACAUACAAGUACUUAUUAAAAAGUUAAUGAGAUAUUCUAUAGGUACUUCAUUCUGACACAUAUUGAUAUCAGUUAUAAAAUAUCUCAUGAACAAUUUAUUUUUUAACUGUAUCUUUAUAUUUUCACAGACCUUAUAUUGCACAGACUAAUGAGAUAAAUCAAUUCAUGUAAAGAAAAUGCUUAGUUCUUCAAAAAAGUCAAGUAAAAUAUGUAAUUGCAUAUUGUAAAUUGCAUAAUUUUUUUGCAAAGCAAUUGUGUUUUCCACCUCAAUUGAUUUAUCUCAUUAAAAGUAAGAUUAUCAAAAAUGAAUAAUAAAACGAUGCUGACAGAACGGAAUUACCAACACAUUACAGUCGUAAUGAUUUUUCUGAAAUGACAGAACGGAAUUGAAAAUCCUUUUACAGGAUUGAAAUAGAUAUAAAAUGUAAGCAAGAUAACGAAUUUGUA